AUGAACUCAUUAGAUUCCAUUGUAGACAACCUUCUUAAGAGUGGUAAGUACAAUGCUCUCAUUGCUGGCGUCACCACCGCACAAUCAACCAGAUACAAGUCUGUCAAAGGCGUAAUCAGUGUCGAUGACAACGAACCGGUCUGCGAUGAUUCGUUGUUCUGUCUCUACAGCUGUACCAAGUCCAUCACUGCCAUGGCUAUUCUUAUUCUAAUUGAGCAGGGGAAAUUGGAACUCAAGGGAUUGGCGAAAAAAUAUCUCCCGGUUCUUGAGGAUUUUUAUGUUGUUGGUGAAGACGAUAUUGAUGAUGACACCGGCGAAGUGAAAGGGUCACAUCCAAAGCCAAAGACAGACGUCACAAUUGAGCAUUUGUUACUACACACUGCUGGCUUUGCGUACCUUUUCACAGAUACUACAUAUUUCAAAAUUAUGACCAAAAAGAGGGUGUUUGCAGGAAACCCAAUGGAGACGUUGUUUGUGCCUAGUAGUAUGCCCUUGGUGCAUGAACCGGGUACAAAAUGGACCUAUGGCUUCAGUACUGACUGGCUCGGGCUCAUUGUUGAAGCUGUAUCGAAUCAGAAACUUUCGGUGUUCAUACAAGAGAACAUUUUUGACAAAUGUGGCAUGACCAAAUCCACUUUCUUCGUUGAAGAUCCCCUGGAGGUAAUUAAAGUACACGUAGAAACAGACGAAGGCAUUUUGCGGCCCGAAAAGCGUCCAUCCGUCCCAUACAAACCUCGUAUAGAUAUGGGCGGUCAAGGUUGUUUUACUACGAUUGAUGACUUUUUGAAGUUUUUGAGAGUGUGGCUUAAUUAUGGACUCAGUCCAGACACUGGCACACGGCUUCUUAAGCAAAGCACCGUCGAGAAUGCAAUUAAAAACCAUCUUUCAGAAGGUCUUGAGCUCAACCUCGCCCUUGGAUUAAAGGCCGAGCUGGAUGAUGCUAGGUCGGACGGUUUCAGCUACGCUGGAUGUGCAAUCAAUGCUAAGAAUUUGCUGACAGGCCGGCCGUCUGGCUCCUUGUAUUGGGGCGGAAUUGCCAAUUCUUUCUUUUGGAUGGACCUCAAAAAUCAGUGCGCUGGUUACUUUUCUUGCCAAAAGCUUCCAUUCAUGAACGAAGAGUGUACUGAAGCCUAUGGUGUGUUUGAAAAGGAAGUUUACCGAACUUUGAUUCUCAAUAGAGCCAACUUAUAG